AUGCCUAGCGGUGUAAGCCAUCACAUGUCUCGGGUAAGGACUCUGUACCGGACGAUUCUGCAGUUACACCGUUCCUUGCCGCUGGAGCUGAAGACCUUGGGAGAUCAGUACGUGAAGGAUGAAUUCAGAAGACACAAAGCUGUCGGCGCUGCCGAGGCCCGGCGCUUCUUGAAGGAAUGGGAGAACUAUGCCACAAUGCUCGGACAGCAAACUAGUCAACAUGAAGACAGCUCACCUGAGAAGCCCCGCUUGGGAUGCCACCUCCCAGAGGAGAAACUUGAAGAGCUUCGAGAUGAGCAGCUCGGACAGCUACAGCAACUCAUGCGAGAAGCUACCAAACCCAAGAGACAGUUUAACGUUUCGGAUGAUACAGAAUACAAAAGCUAGCGUAUUUCUUUGAAUGGACUUUUAAGUACAAAUCUUGGUGCUUCCUUUUUGCUCUCAUUUUGAAGAAAGCCUCACUGUGGAAAAUAAAUCAAGUUGACGUACAUCUUUUCUCUUUUUAUUUCCACCUCCAGGGACGUGCAUGGGAAUAUUUAGAAAUAGAUACUGUCCCACUUGUAUUAAUUAUGGCCUACGCUACCACUUAGCAUAACUGAACACUUGUUAUUUCUCAAGAUUUUGGCUGUUAAGUUUGUCACCUGCAGGGAGAGAGUAAAAUGGA